AUGUGGAUCCUGCAGCGUUGCCAUGGCGUCGCCCAAGGACAGAGAGCACUGCUGGCUCUAAUAAGGGCGCAUCGCUACGAGACAUCGUGGCGGAGAGUAGAUGUAUUGUCGUUCCAUAGUGAUGGUGCUGUGAUAUUGUCGUCAGAUGGGCUGUUAAAUCGUAUCAAAGCUUGUGGAUUCGCCCGCAGCUCACGUCACUUUUCGUCUAAUGGUAGCAAUGGGAAUGAUGGAAAGGAUGACGCGGAAACCGAUCAAAAUGUCGAAAAGGAAGCAGAAAAGGACGGUAAUGAGCAUGGCAUGAAACCAUUUGGAGACGUGUUCUACGGUCACCCUAAUUUCAUUGUACAACUUAUUCGUGGUAACAAGGUAGAAAAGAAACGUAUGGGACGCAAUGCUACAGGAGGUAAGAUAAGACGUAUGCCAAUACCUAUAAAAGAUGGUGGGAGUCGCUCCAUCAGCAGAGAGAAACCAACGGAUGGGAGUACUGAGGAUUCUGAACAACCGGACGUCACCAUUGUCAAGGUUGAGGAAGUUAACGAAGGUGGUGAUACCCCUACGCUGAUCGCAAUCACAGAAGCACCAAAGGAUGCACAAGAGUCUAGUGCUGUCGUUGACAAUGGAGGUGACGCAUCUGAACAAAAGUCAUCAGUACCUGAGGAUGAUGGUAAUGCACCCGCGCAUAUCAAGCUGCCCAUAUUACACUUUCAUUCGACCAGUAGACUUCACGCACUACCGGCCUUGGCAAUGUUCCAGAAACCUGCUUUCCCUGGAUUCUACCAGGUACUACAAAUACAGAACCAAGCUGUGUUACAAUGCCUAUCUAACGUGAAGCAGAAUUCUGGAAACGAAUACGUGGGUGGUUUCCUUACAAAGACACAACAUACGCGAGAUUAUCAUAGCCCAGGUCUCCCCGUGCUUCGUGACGACGCCGGUGCAGUGCAAUCGUUAGAUGAAAUGCACGUAUACGGUACGCUGCUUCAGAUAAUCACGAUUACGCCACAUGUAUCUCACCAAGGAGGACAGGUAAUCCUAAUGCCCUACCGGCGCAUCAAGAUGACGGGUAUCCAUGCCGAACCCUCAGAUUCAUACCCUUUAUUUAGGGUAUCUAUCGAUUAUGUGGAGGAUGACCCUAAAAACUUCGAGGAUUCACGUGUAACUAAGGCAUUACACUUGGAGAUUAUAGCAACGGUCAAGGAACUAAUCAAGACCUCGAACUUCUAUAAGGAGCAUUUUGACCACAUCAUUCGCAUAUAUAACCUGGACAAUCCAUCUAGAAUUGCGGAUCUUAUCGCUGGUAUCUCAAUGGCUAAGCGUGAUCAGUUACAGGCUAUACUUGCUGAGGUGAACAUAGACAAGCGUCUGGCUAUGGUUCUUGAGGUAGCUAAGAACGACCUUGAAUUUGCCAAAGUACAAGCGGAAGUCAAGACCCAAAUAGAGGAAAAGAUGUCCCGGGAACAAAGGAAGUAUAUACUUACAGAACAGAUGAAGAUGAUCCGAAAGGAGUUAGGACUAGACAGUGAUGACAAGAGCACACUUAUCGAUUCAUUCGAGUCUGAAUAUGCACGUGUUGAGCAGCACAUGCCUAAGGAGGCCAGGGAUGGUUUUAAGAGUAGUUUGAGUCGUCUGAGGCAGCUUGAAUCAGCAAGUGCAGAAUAUGGAGUGUGUCGGUCACACCUGGAAUGGUUACUGGGUAUGCCUUGGGGAAAGUUCACCAAAGACUCCCGUGAUAUUCGCAAUGCGCAGCAGGUGCUAGAUAAACACCACUAUGGUCUUAAAGAUGUCAAAACGAGGCUAAUGGAGUACAUGGCAACAUCAAUAUUAAAGGGCAAAGCUACAGGGAAGAUAAUAUGUCUAUCAGGUCCACCUGGUGUGGGUAAGACAUCGAUAGCAACUGCUGUUGCUGAGCUGCUAGGAAGGAAGUUGUACCGUUUUUCUUUAGGUGGUUUGUUUGAUGUAGCUGAGUUACGUGGACACCGACGUACGUAUGUUGGUGCGUUGCCGGGUAAGUUCGUUCAGGCCCUGAAAUACACGGGCACGAUGAACCCGCUCAUAGUACUGGAUGAGAUCGAUAAAUUAGGUCGUGAUGCUCGUGGAGAUCCAGCUUCAGCGCUUUUAGAGGUUUUGGAUCCUUCCCAGAAUGAAUUUUUCAGGGAUUACUAUCUCGAUAUACCGGUAGACCUAUCACAUGUCCUAUUCAUUUGCACGGCGAAUGCAGUUGAUACAAUUCCCACGCCGCUCGUGGACCGUAUGGAGAUCAUAAACAUACCUGGCUAUCUGCCCGAAGAGAAAUUGCAGAUUGCGAAGAAUUACCUCAUACCUCAGACACUGAAAUCGACGGGUCUUAAGCCGGAUGUCGUGGAGCUCCCCGAUCCUACUAUAAAGGCCAUUAUAGAGCACUAUUCUAGAGAGGCUGGUGUGCGAAGCUUACUGAGGUGUAUAGAAAAGAUAUACCGUAAGGUUGCGCUUACGAUAGUUAUGGACAACGCCGAUAAGAUCCCAGAAUCUGAUAGCGAUGUGCCACCAGUUAUUGUAUUAGGACCGGGCGAAGAUUCAAAUAACACAGAUGGUGAAGGUGUUGUAUCUACAGCUGCUCCCAGUGACUGUGGAGAUGGGCAAAAUGUUAACUCAAAGGAGUCUACACUUUGCGAUAUGUUGACUGGAAUACCCCCAGUAGUAAUAGAAGAGAGCAAGCUUCAGACCUACCUUGGUGUUCCUAUAUAUACUAAGGAUGCUUUACAUCCCUACCCGUUGCCAUACGGGGUAGUGAUGGGCCUUGCAUGGACAAACGCUGGCGGUGCCACCAUGUAUGUCGAGGCUCGUGGUCAGAUGGUAGAUAAGCGUGGUAACAUUGUGGAGCCCAACCGUAUGUCUGCGUCUGAGAUCAGUACAAAGUCUGAAACUGUUGAAGAUAGUGCGGAGGACGAAGGAAGUUUCGGAUCAUUCCAUGGUACUAUGAAAGUAACGGGUCAUCUUGGAAACGUUAUGACUGAAAGUUCACAGAUUGCGCUUACGUUUUGUAAAAGUUUCAUACGCAAGCAUCAACCUCGUAACUUGUUCCUGGAUGAGGCUCACAUCCAUAUCCACGUACCUGAGGGUGCUACGCCAAAGGACGGCCCCAGCGGUGGUAUUACCAUGGCGUCGGCGCUUAUCUCAGCAGCUGCUAAGAAACGUAUCAAGCCACAUCUUGCUAUGACCGGUGAAUUGACUUUAUCAGGCAAGGUGUUGCGUGUUGGAGGUAUCAAGGAGAAACUGAUUGCUGCGAUUCGUGAGGGUGUGACCACUGUGGUAUUGCCCAAGUCCAAUGAGCCGGACGUUUCAGAGCUUGAAGAGAGCAUAACCAGCAAGCUGAACGUUGUGUAUGUUGAUACCUACGAUGAUGUUUACGCCGCUGUUUUCCAGCACGAAUAA